CAGACCAGCGGGCCUCGUCGUCGUCGCCUUCCUCCCCUCUCCUUAUCUCCAGACCUCUCUUCCACCUUCCUUGCCUGCCUUCCCCACUACCGCGGCAGGCAGCUACCGCAUCCGUCCGGUCUCCUCCUCCGCCUCAGAGGGCUCGCCCGACUCGCCGGCGCAGGGUCGAGGCGCUCCCGCCGGCGCCCGCUCCACGGCCCCUCCCUGGGAGACGGACCUCGGCGCGGGCUUGUAGAUAGGGGACUGGGAUCUUCUUUUGAUAGUUCAGUAUGGAGGGGUCUCUAGUUCAGUCUGCGAUUGUCCCGACUGUUUACAGAAGCAACUCUGGUCGGUUCCGUGUGCGUGCAAGAGCCAGAACAAAUGCCACAAUGGUGCGGAAUAUGCCGACAAGGACCCUUACUCUUGGCAGCUUCCAAGGGCUGCGUCAAACAAACUUUUUGGACACGAGGUCCGUGGUAAAGCGUGACUUUGGCGCUAUCGUGGCAAGCCAGAUUGCCAGGCCCAGAGGAUCGGCGACAAGAGGGGUGGUUCGUGCCAUGUUCGAGCGCUUCACUGAAAAAGCAAUCAAGGUGAUUAUGCUUGCGCAGGAGGAGGCAAGGCGUCUGGGCCACAACUUUGUUGGGACGGAGCAGAUUUUGCUGGGGCUUAUUGGUGAGGGCACCGGAAUUGCUGCUAAGGUUCUCAAGUCUAUGGGAAUCAAUCUUAAGGAUGCCCGAGUGGAAGUUGAGAAGAUCAUUGGGCGAGGAAGUGGGUUUGUGGCUGUUGAAAUCCCAUUCACGCCUCGCGCGAAACGUGUACUGGAACUCUCCCUUGAAGAAGCCCGCCAGCUAGGGCAUAACUAUAUAGGAUCUGAACACUUACUCCUUGGGUUACUUCGUGAGGGUGAAGGUGUUGCAGCCCGUGUGCUUGAAAGCCUUGGUGCUGAUCCAAACAACAUCCGCACCCAGGUCAUAAGAAUGGUUGGUGAAAGCACAGAAGCUGUUGGUGCUGGAGUUGGUGGAGGAAGCAGUGGCCAGAAGAUGCCCACACUUGAAGAAUAUGGUACAAAUUUGACAAAAUUAGCAGAAGAGGGAAAAUUGGACCCAGUUGUUGGUAGACAGGAUCAAAUCGAGCGUGUGACUCAAAUUUUGGGCAGGCGGACAAAGAACAACCCCUGCCUCAUUGGAGAGCCUGGUGUUGGUAAGACUGCUAUUGCCGAGGGGCUUGCUCAACGUAUUUCCAAUGGAGAUGUUCCUGAAACAAUUGAAGGAAAGAAGGUUAUUACUCUUGACAUGGGGCUCCUUGUUGCUGGAACCAAAUACCGUGGAGAGUUUGAGGAGAGACUGAAGAAACUUAUGGAGGAAAUUAAGCAAAAUGAAGACAUUAUUCUCUUUAUUGAUGAGGUGCACACACUGAUUGGAGCAGGUGCAGCAGAAGGUGCAAUUGAUGCUGCUAAUAUUUUGAAGCCAGCUCUUGCCAGAGGUGAACUGCAGUGUAUUGGUGCAACAACUCUGGAUGAGUAUAGGAAGCAUAUAGAGAAGGAUCCUGCCUUGGAAAGAAGGUUUCAACCAGUUAAGGUUCCUGAACCUACUGUUGAUGAAACAAUACAAAUCUUAAGAGGACUUCGUGAAAGAUAUGAGCUUCAUCACAAGCUGAGAUACACAGAUGAAGCUUUAAUUGCAGCCGCACAGCUGUCUUAUCAGUAUAUCAGUGACCGCUUCCUUCCCGACAAAGCCAUUGACUUGAUUGAUGAAGCUGGAUCUCGUGUUAGGCUGAGGCACGCCCAGCUCCCUGAUGAAGCCAAAGAGCUGGACAAAGAACUCCGGCAGAUAACCAAGCAGAAAAACGAGGCUGUACGAGGCCAAGAUUUUGAGAAGGCUGGUGAAUUAAGGGAUCGGGAAAUGGAGCUGAAGGCCCAGAUUACGGCCAUUCUUGACAAGAGUAAAGAAAUGAUUAAAGCAGAGACUGAAUCUGGUGAAGUUGGUCCUCUUGUCACAGAGGCAGACAUUCAACAUAUUGUCUCCUCUUGGACUGGAAUCCCUGUGGAGAAAGUCUCAUCUGAUGAAUCUGAUCGUCUCCUUAAGAUGGAGGAGACACUACACACACGUAUCAUUGGUCAGGAUGAAGCUGUCAAAGCUAUUAGCCGUGCUAUUCGACGUGCUCGUGUUGGGCUGAAGAAUCCAAACCGUCCUAUUGCUAGCUUCAUAUUCUCUGGACCUACUGGAGUUGGCAAAUCAGAAUUAGCAAAGGCGCUGGCAGCCUACUACUUUGGCUCAGAGGAGGCUAUGAUCAGGCUUGACAUGAGUGAGUUCAUGGAGAGACAUACUGUCUCCAAACUCAUUGGAUCACCUCCAGGUUAUGUUGGCUACACUGAGGGAGGUCAAUUGACUGAAGCAGUUCGUCGCCGUCCAUACACUGUUGUUCUCUUUGAUGAGAUUGAAAAGGCACAUCCAGAUGUUUUCAACAUGAUGCUUCAGAUCUUAGAAGAUGGGAGGCUAACUGACAGCAAGGGGCGCACAGUUGACUUUAAGAACACACUAUUGAUCAUGACAUCGAAUGUUGGGAGCAGUGUAAUUGAGAAGGGAGGCCGCAAGAUCGGGUUCGACCUUGACUAUGAUGAGAAAGACACUAGCUACAACAGGAUCAAGAGCCUGGUGACCGAGGAGUUGAAGCAGUAUUUCCGUCCAGAAUUCCUAAACAGAUUGGAUGAGAUGAUUGUGUUCCGGCAGCUGACGAAGUUAGAGGUGAAGGAGAUUGCGGACAUUAUGCUGAAAGAAGUGUUUGACAGGCUGAAGGCUAAGGACAUUGACCUCCAGGUUACAGAGAAGUUCCGUGAUAGAGUUGUUGACGAAGGUUACAACCCAAGUUAUGGUGCCCGGCCUUUGCGGCGCGCUAUCAUGAGGCUUCUGGAGGAUAGUCUGGCUGAGAAGAUGCUUGCUGGUGAGGUGAAAGAAGGUGACUCUGCCAUUGCCGAUGUGGAUUCUGAUGGCAAGGUUAUAGUCCUGAGUGGCGGUAGUGGUGUUGCUGAGCCCCUGGAACCUGCUCUCAGUACCUAACUGAGGUCGAAAACUCUUUGGUCCGAAAUAUGGCCUUCUUUACAAGACAGUUGGGUUCCUCAUGAUGGCAAAACUAGAUUGACAUCGCUCGCCCGCCCACUGCAGACUCUUCAGCUUUCCUUGGUAUUUAAAUUCCAUUGGAAGUGAGGCAGUAGGAAUGCUAUGGAAAGGAAUCGGCAGAGACGCAGCGAGAACACUGUAUGCUUAGACCUUGAGUUGCGUUGUUUUUGAAAAAAAAACUUGGGACUUUUCAGUUUCCUGCAAUUACAUGUAUCAUUACUUCAUUAGGGCUCUGCAAGCAUGAUGACAUGGUUAUCGCUUGCACUGUUGUACUUAUUCUCCCAGUUGUGUAUGAAUGUAACUUAUUCAAGUCACAGAUAACAUUGGUAGAUAAUGAUAUGCUGUUAUGGCGCCUGAGAACUCAGGUUGUUUUAACCUUUUGUUCA